AAUGGCUGGUAUUGAUAAUAAAGCUGCUGUAAUGGGAGAAUGGUUCGACUGUAGUACUACUAACCACAGGAAGAGAUCGAAAGCGGAACUUGGUAGAGAGUUUUCUUUAAAUUACAUCAAGAAUGAGGAUUCUUUGCAAACCACCUUUCAAGAAAGUUCACGAGGAGCUCUUCGUGAAAGGAUUGCUGCGAGAUCCGGGUUUAAUGCACCGUGGUUAAACACUGAGGAUAUUCUUCAGUCGAAAUCUUUAACCAUCUCUUCUCCUGGUCUUAGUCCUGCAACUCUGUUAGAGUCUCCUGUUUUCCUCUCAAACCCUUUGCUAUCUCCAACAACCGGGAAGCUCUCAUCAGUACCUUCUGAUAAGGCUAAAGCUGAGUUAUUUGACGACAUUACCACAUCCUUAGCCUUCCAAACCAUUUCAGGAAGUGGCCUUGAUCCUACUAACAUCGCUUUAGAACCCGAUGAUUCCCAAGACUAUGAAGAAAGACAGCUCGGCGGUUUAGGAGACUCGAUGGCUUGUUGUGCACCUGCAGAUGAUGGAUACAACUGGAGAAAAUAUGGACAAAAGCUAGUUAAAGGAAGUGAGUAUCCGCGGAGCUAUUACAAGUGCACGCACCCGAAUUGUGAGGCCAAGAAGAAGGUUGAACGGUCUCGGGAAGGUCAUAUUAUAGAGAUCAUAUACACAGGAGAUCAUAUACACAGCAAACCUCCACCUAACCGCCGGUCAGGGAUUGGAUCAUCCGGUACUGGCCAAGACAUGCAAAUAGAUGCAACCGAAUACGAAGGUUUUGCUGGAACCAAUGAGAACAUAGAAUGGACAUCACCUGUAUCUGCAGAGCUCGAAUACGGAAGCCAUUCAGGAUCAAUGCAGGUUCAAAACGGGACUCAUCAGUUCGGGUAUGGUGAUGCAGCAGCUGAUGCCUUAUAUAGAGAUGAAAACGAAGAUGAUCGCACGUCCCACAUGAGUGUUUCCCUGACUUACGAUGGAGAGGUAGAAGAGUCCGAAUCAAAGAGAAGGAAACUAGAAGCUUAUGCAACAGAAACGAGUGGAUCAACCAGAGCCAGCCGUGAGCCAAGAGUUGUGGUGCAGACCACAAGUGACAUUGACAUCCUCGAUGAUGGUUAUCGCUGGCGCAAGUAUGGGCAAAAAGUCGUUAAAGGAAACCCGAAUCCAAGGAGCUACUAUAAAUGCACAGCUAAUGGAUGUACCGUAACGAAGCAUGUAGAGAGAGCCUCUGAUGACUUCAAGAGCGUACUAACAACUUAUAUAGGCAAGCACACCCACGUUGUACCAGCAGCACGCAACAGCAGCCACGUCGGUGCAGGCAGUUCAGGGACUCUCCAAGGCAGUUUAGCGACUCAGACCCACAACCACAAUGUGCACUAUCCAAUGCCACACAGUAGAUCUGAGGGACUGGCCACAGCCAACUCAUCUCUAUUUGACUUCCAGUCACACCUGAGGCAUCCUACAGGUUUCUCCGUUUACAUAGGCCAAUCUGAGCUUUCUGAUCUUUCAAUGCCUGGUCUAACUAUUGGGCAAGAGAAGCUUACCAGCCUGCAGGCGCCUGACAUUGGGGAUCCAACUGGCCUAAUGUUGCAGUUAGCAGCACAGCCGAAGGUGGAACCAGUGUCACCACAACAGGGACUUGAUUUGUCAGCGAGCUCAUUGAUAUGCAGAGAGAUGUUGAGUAGAUUACGACAGAUAUGA